ACUGCAUACGCGCCGUGGCGGAGAGUGAAGAUGGCGGAGAGUAAUGUCGAGCCGGAGUACGACUGGAGCGACCGGGCCCUGGACACGGCCGAGGACACCCUGGUUGCAAUGGAAACCCUGCUGGCCACGCUGAGAGCUUUCGAAGAUGUACUCAGGCAACAAGAGAUAUCUGUAGCAUCUUCCACGGAGUACUGCGACAACUUCUGUCAGGCACUAAUGCACUAUGCUGGGAGCAGGAACUCUAUGGAGCACGGUCUGCCUCUUCUAGAGGUCUACUGUCUGUCCAUCAACUGCUUUGCUGCAGCCCGAUCCCACCUGACUGCAGAGUCCGACAGAGUGGCCCUUGUUUUGAAGAGACUAGCUUUGAGCUGUUUCGAGCUGUUGCUAUCAGUGCCUGAGAAUGACAUCCCAUAUGAAGCCUGGGUUCAGUUCCACCACUCUGUGCAGAUUGCCCACGACACCUUGUUACAGUAUGGAAGCACAGACCUCCAGGCUUUACUCCAGAUCACCGGAGAGGGUGGAGCAUGGAGCAAUCCAGUCCUUGCUUCUCUCCUCACCGGCCAGCCCACCAACCCAGAAGAAGUUGAUGCAUACAUCAGUUUGGAGGGUGAGGGCUUCAUGGAGAUGCGGGUGAAACAUCUGGAGAAGAUGGGCGAAGUUGCCAAGGCCGUGGUGUUGGCUAAAUCUUGCACAGAAUGCAGCUUCAUUUCCAACCAAGCCACGUUCCGUCAAACAUACGUCUCUUUGCUUUGUCACCUGCUGCCCAAUGAAGAAGCCAUAAUGGAGAUAUCCAGACUGGAUUGUAAAGAUAUAUUGGAGAUCACAUGUAAUUUGGAGACGGAGGGCGAGGAGAAUACAGCUUUCAUCCUGUGCACAACCUUCCUGACACAACAGCUCCAAAAGCAGAGUCUUUACUGCUCCUGGGAGUUGACUCUGUUGUGGAGUAAGCUUCAGAGGAGGCUUGACCCCUCACUGGUGUCUCUUCUGGAACGAUGCCUUCAGCUCGGUGCCAUUGCCAAAACGACGCACCAUUUGGUUUAUCUGGUCCGUGUGAUUCAGGCUGAGACCGAAGAACAUGGGAUACCUGCUUCAGUAGAGCUUUGCGUCAAAGCCCUUCAACUUCCGAAGCAGGAUGACUCAGACAUGAGGAUCUCCGUCUGCAAGACCAUGUCCUGCCUUCUUCCAGACGACCUUGAAGUGCUGCGUGCCUGCCACCUCACCGAGUUCCUGCUCGGUCCCAACCAGGAGGCCUUCGGCUGUCUUCAGGAGCUCUACUUACGCCCUGACCAAAAGUAUGACCAGGAAAACGAGGUUAUUCCCAACUCGCUGCGCUGCGAGUUGCUACUAGCACUAAAAGCAUACUGGCCUUUUGACCCCGAGUUCUGGGACUGGAAAACUCUCAAGUAUCACUGCGUCUCUCUUCUGGGGUUGAAGCCUGAGUCAGAAGGGGAAGAGGAAGAGACUGUAGAUAAAGAAGAUAUGGAUAAUCAUCACGAACUGCUCAGAGCAGCAGUGAAAGUAGAAGCCGGGCACCCAAGUAGGAUAAAUGGAGGGCUUGAUGGUCAUGAGUCAGACAAAGAGAAGCAGUGUAGUGACCUAACAGAAACCAACCAAGAAUUGGAGACAAAGAAGUACAAGUUCUGCUGUCAGAUUUGUAAGAGGUCAGUCACUGACACUCAAAUCAUUCACCACUCCAGAAGACAUGCGGAGGACAGCAGCCACCCCUGCCCUGUUUGCUUGGAAACGUUUACGAGCCGAAAGGAACUUGUUCCCCACAUCAAAGAACACAUUGAAAGUGAUUCACCUUUUUACAAAAACGAUGCACAGAGCGAGGACGUACAGAAACCAAUGGAGGAGGAUGACGACAUUGAGCCGGGUGAGAUCACCGUUGACCCUUCCUUAAUGCUGUAUUACAAAUCCACACACGAUCCAGAUGUAUUGCAUCACAUUGUGCAACAAGCCAAAACUGUGAAGGAGAAGCACGUGGACGAAGACGAGCAUGUAACAUUCGAUUACAUAGAGCAACACUUCAAGCUGCAGAACCGGGACGAGUAUCCGUGUCCCGGAACUGGAUGUACUCGGGUAUUUAAACAUUCCAAGUACUUAUACGUCCACUUGAAGUCAGAGCACAAAGGUGAUGAGAAUGUGAAAUAUUUCCAUCAGAUGAGAGACAAGCGAGAGAAGUGUGUCUUUUGUAGGCGUCACCUUGUCUCGGCGUACCAUCAUCGCAAGCAUAGAAGAGUUCACUAUGGUGACCGGCCUUACAUGUGUGUGGUUGUAGGUUGUGGUGCAAAGUUUAGUACUUCCAACGAACUUGUCAACCACAAACAGACUCAUGGCUUUCAGCUCAACUAUCAGUGUGAGCUCAAAGACUGCUAUGUGACUUAUUCUGACUUGGGACAGAUAUAUCACCACGAAGCACAGCAUUUUAGAGAUGCUGCAUUUACCUGCUCUAGCACUGAAUGUAGAAAAUACUACUUAUCCAAAAAGGAGUUUAUAAAGCAUUUAUCCACACAUAAUAUGACUUUCUCUGAAGAUGACUUUGAGGCUCAGAGGAAGGCAAAGCGGAAGCUCUUUAAGGCUGAAGCCGCAUCCCGUCUCAAUAGGUCACUCGACUCAAACACUGUAAAUGGAAACGUCAUAAACUCUCCUUCGGUGAGUUGUGCUUCCACUUUGCAGGAAUCAGAGAGCAAGGAGCCCAAAGCAACAAUGACCUUGGUGGCUGUGUGUUUUGAUGGAAGUAAGUUUACUUGUGGUUUUGAGAAGUGUGGUAUGACUUUUUCCAGGGCCAGAGAUGUCCAGAGACACCUGAAAUGUGCUCACCCAGAACAUCUUAAACUGGAGAAUAAAGAACACAAACACGACAAAGAGCAGGGCUCUAAGUCCAAAGGGGUAAAAUCUGAAGGUAACCCAGAUGGAGAGGAAAAGGACAAAAAUGAGAAAGCUCCAUUUCAACCUCCGGACGCUGGCGACGAAAGGAACACUCAAACACAUCCCAAAAGCAAUGAAACAAACUCUUUAAACUUACAAACAAAAAACGAUGCUCUAAAAGAAAUCCUCAUUGGGCUGAGUAAACUGGACCUGAAUUCCUCAUCGCCUCAGAGCCAACCAAGUGAGCCCUCUCAGUCUAACACGGACUCAAAUACGUCACAAAUGUCUCUUCACGAGGCAAUUAUGGCAGCGCCUGUGAUGGUGGUGCUUCAGAAGGCGCCGAAUCAGCCUGAGGAAAAGAUCAAGGAUGAAACUGAACGAGCAUCAGUAACCAUCGAAGAAAGCUGUGUUGAAUUAUUAGCCGCUGCUAAGCCAUAUGUCUGUGAGAUGAAAGGUUGUGGCUUUAGGACUGCUCAAAGUUACAGCUUACUGCGACACUAUAACAACAGACACGGUCGUACCAUUGAACAGGCUAAAAUGUUGACUUCCUUGAAAACCACCUCUUUUAAACCUUACGUGUGCCAGCUUUGUUCCAAGAGUCACAGACAGAAGCACGUGCUGAGGGCCCACUAUCUUCACAUCCACAACCUGAGUGUGAAUUUAGUAGAAAAAGUGAGCUGUUCAUCUGUGCAGCAUGAACAAAGCAAAGACGCGACGUCACAGCCUUUGACCAACCACGGUGCGAACGUAUGGAAGAAAGAGAUCCCCAAUUUGCAGCACGAGCAUGAGACCAAAAAUUCAACCGCAACGAGCGAAAAUGGAUUGAACUUCCCCAAUCAUUCCCCUUCUGACGAGGAAGGAGAGGAUGAAGCAGAGAGCAGAGAGAAAGAUGAGGAGGAGGAGAAGAAGGAAGAGGGUGAAAAAAAGGGCACGCAACAGGUCAGAACGACAAGACGCUUGGUAGCCAAAAGUAAUCUCUGCUAUAUACUGGAUAAAUUCAGUAAACCGUUUCAUUGUGUGGCAAAAAACUGUGAUGCAGCUUUUUCAACCCAGGGAGGCCUUGUGCGCCAUCUGCAGUUAGUGCACCAUUACAAUCGCUCCCAGCUCUUGUUGGAAAAAGAUUUUGAUGUGCAACAAGGACCAGAAGUCAGAAAGGAGCCCACCAAGAAAAGACCUCUCCCAAACUUGGACGAACCUCAGCCCCAAUACAAAUGUCAUUUUGCGAACUGUAGCGCCUCCUACCACCUGAAGAGUAGCCUGGUGCGUCACACUCGUGACUACCACUCGCAACCCCCUGAGCUGAUCAGGUGCAAAUAUGACGGCUGCAAAAGAGUGUUCAGCCACAACGAAGCUCUUAAAAAACACACACUUUAUAGUCACUGCGAGUACUACGAUUCACUGGUGGUACGUCUGCAGAGCACUCAUAAAAAGUCAAUUACUGGAUGCCAAAAGAAGCUUAUAGUCGCACCACAGAGUCCUCAGAAAGAAGAACCUGGUUCACCUGCCGCGGAGGCCGGGGGGUCAAGCCCGACACCCGAGGUCGCGGCCCAGACGGAGGAAGUGAGCGACAAGGGCGUCGAGGAGAAAGAUGGGACGGCAGAAAAGGAGAGGGAGAGACGAUAUUCCUUGAAUCGAUACGUCUUCAGAUCUCACGAAGAAGCACUACAGCUGUGCCAAGACCGCUGCAUGCGCGUGGCCUACCCGUGCAUGGUUCAGGACUGCGAUUCUGUCGUCACGUACAUGAACAGCUUGUACCGUCACUACAUGAGGGUGCACCGUAUGCGCCGCAAGUAUAUUGUCAGGAAUGAAGAUAAGCUCGUUUUCAACGCCGAGCAGCUUGAGGAACUCAUUCAGAGGAAUUCGGCUCAGCCAACUGUUGCAGAAGCAUGUUCGACUAAUGGGGUUCGCGAAAAGGAGUACCAGUCAGAGCCAGAGAACACAGAGGAGCAGCCCGCAGCCAUGAGCCUGCUCUCCAUAAACACUGAGACACCGGAUGAGGGUAAUCAUGAUCCGCUGGGGCUCCCAGAGGAGGAAGAGGACGAGCUGCCGCCCGUAGAGAGAAAUGGUGUACUUGUUGGGGCGGAUGAAGUGCUUUACGGUGAACCAAGCACAGGUGGGCACGCUGAAGACUCGGCCGCAGGGCCGCACAACAGUCAGAAGCAAGAGGAGAGAUUCAGUUUGGAUAAAAUCAGGCCUCUUCUUCGCCCAGUCACUGUGGACCUCUCCCCCCCAUGUUCGCUCCGCUUUAGCACUGAAGAGGUCUUCCAAGAUGCAUCGAGCAACAGAGAUGGUGGCAAAAUGCUAAACGGGUCUACUUCAGUGACCUCUCCUCCUUUUCGCCAGCCACUGAAACGGAAAAACGAACUGUCUGAACAGCCUUCAAACGUAAAAGACUCUCAGCCUUGUAGCCCUUCUCCACGCACUUUUGACAUCGAUGCCUAUAAGCCUAUCGGUUUUGAGUCCUCCUUCCUGAAGUUCAUCCAAGAAAGUAGUCCAAAAGACAAAAACAAGACACCAGUGAAACGUCGAGACACUAUCAGGCGCAGCUGUUCCGUCAAGGAGAACAACCAGCUGGGAGUCUCUCACACCCGCAGCAGACGCACCCACUCCCCACUGCUGAAGCCCCACGCUAUGACUGGGGACUUCACGUCGGUCCAAAACUUGAAGUCUAUCCUGGACAAAGCUCUGGCUGGGUGUGGGGACCUGGCUAUCAAGCAGCUUCAGUACCUCAGACCUGUGGUGGUGCUGGGGCGACCCGUUUGCACGACCACCCUGCCUGACCUCUUCCCAUCAGACACCAACAACAGCAGCAAACUGAUCCUCGGACGUUAGCUGAAUCAAUCCCAUUUUUAACACAGCUUCGGCUACAAAGUUCUUUGUAUUUUUCCCCGCUCACAUAUCAGUAUUUUUAUGUUUCCCAAAAAGGAAGGUGUUAUGUUUGCUGUUUGUUUUUGUUUUUUUGUUUGUUUUUUUUUAAGUUGCCAAACUGAAGAGUUGUAGAAAUUAGCAUAAGAUAAACAGAAGUUUAACAGUGCACAGUGAAAUCCAUUUUUUUUAGUUAUCACCAUUGUAUAUACUGUAGUUCUCUGAGAUAAAUGUACAGCUUUUCAGAUCGAUUGUUAGAAAUGGUCAGUAGCGUAUUGCGAGGCCUUUUCACUCGAGGAGUAUGAUUAUUUUUCACCUCAGUUUAUAUUAAGUCAGUGUUGGGAUGCUGUGGACAGAUGUUGACAGACAUGUAUGUAACCCCUUUGUAAUAAAAUAAAUGUGGGAAUUAAUACAAAGAUUUAAAUUUAUGAGUUGUGUGAUUGGCUAUCUUUUUAUAUGUAUGGUUUAUUAAAGUUGCACUUAAAUUACA